GCCAUCUUCGUUUUCUCGUUACUUAUGGCCGUUGCGUCGCUCCGGCUACGUCCAUCAGAGCGGGCCCAGCUUCUCGCCUGAUAAUGCCGGAAAUCGGAAGGAAGUCGCCGGGAACAAUACCCUAGUUUGUGCGCUUGCCGGAAAGUCGGCAAUUGAGGCUUUCGGUUCUGCAAGGCUGUGCAAGCUCUGGUUCGGUCUUUGGAUUUCGGGGUUGAGAACUGUUUUAAGGAUGCGAUGAUCUUCUGGAUUUGAGGAGGUAUACGUUGCAGAGCUUGAGUAGUUGACCGUUUGGAGGUGGAAGGCUCGGAGGCAUGCUGGAGCGGACGUGCUUGGGAAAGUUAGAAGUGUUGUGGUGAAGGCCUGAAGCAUGCUAUGGUUUUUUUUGUAAUCCCUGUCUGAACGUUUGUUGACUUGUUACUUGCAAUUGGAUCGGUUGCUGUCCGUUAUUUUUUAUAAGAGAGAAACCUGAAGGUCAAAAGUUCACUUCUUGAGUUUGUUGAUGUAACUGGUUUUUAGUUCACAUUGGCGUUUGAAGAGCCGGCGCUCCUUUGGAUUGGUGAACGCUUAAUUAAUGUUCAGUUUUGAGAGAAGGAAUUUGCCUUCUUUCUGGUUCUAUUUUUUAACAUUGAUGUUUUGAAGGAUAUUAGUCUAGAAAAAGAAGGACGAAUUAGCUGAGCCUUAAUUGCUUGGAGUUGAAGUUUAAGGCAUACAUAAACGGGUGGUUGGUCUGGGCCUUUAGGAGCUGAGAAUAGCAGCGGUUGGAAGCUACAAAAAUCUUGUGGACCAUUCAUGCAACAUAUGGUUAGUGUGUCCGACUGAUGAAUUAUAAUGCAUAUCAGCUUGAUUGCAACAGAGGGCUUAUGUCGGAGGACGAGGCUAGGAGCCUGACUUUAUAGACGUGGAAUCCAUGAUGAGCUGCCUAUGUUUUAGACCUUCUGGGGUUGACGAGGCUCAGGUGACUCGUGGAGGAAGAGGAACAAGCAAACCGUCAUCCAGAAAAACCAGUGGGUCUGUCCUUGCCAAUGGCACCGUGCUCUCAGAGAAAGCAAUAGGCGGCUUUGGGCGGUCUGGUAGCGAUGAUAAUACAGAGAAGAGGGAGAGACAUAGUCGUUCUGGUCGGCUAAGGGGGGAUCACACUGUAACUACUACGAACCUUCAUCCACGGGUUAGAAGUAUGCCCAGGGGUGUGGAAGGGGAGCAGGUGGCUGCUGGUUGGCCUCCUUGGCUUGCAGGGGUUGCCGGAGAAGCGAUUAAGGGGUGGAUACCGCGCCGUGCUGAUUCUUUCGAGAAGCUAAACAAAAUUGGACAGGGAACGUACAGUAAUGUUUACAAAGCACGUGAUCUUGAUAGUGGGAAAAUUGUAGCUUUAAAAAAGGUUAGAUUUGAUAAUUUGGAGCCUGAAAGUGUGCGUUUCAUGGCAAGGGAAAUUCACAUCCUGCGGAGGCUAGACCAUCCAAAUGUAAUUAAAUUGGAAGGUUUAGUAACGUCGCGUAUAUCCUGUAGCUUGUACCUUGUGUUCGAGUAUAUGGAACAUGACCUUGCUGGUCUUGCAUCCAACCCUGGUAUAAUGUUCACUGAACCACAGAUCAAAUGCUUUAUGCAACAAUUGUUACGUGGUCUUGACCAUUGUCAUUGUCGUGGGAUUCUGCAUCGAGAUAUCAAAGGUUCAAAUCUUUUAAUUGACAACAAUGGCAUCUUGAAGAUAGCAGACUUUGGUCUGGCAACAUUUUUCUCUCCAGGUCAGAAACAGCCAUUGACAAGUCGUGUAGUGACUCUGUGGUAUCGACCUCCGGAGCUCCUGCUUGGAGCCACAGAUUAUGGUGUUUCAGUGGAUCUCUGGAGUACCGGUUGCAUUCUCGCAGAAUUGUUUGCACAUAAACCUAUCAUGCCUGGCCGAACAGAGGUGGAGCAGUUGCACAAAAUUUUCAAGCUUUGCGGUUCACCAACAGAAGAGUACUGGGAGAAACUAAAACUACCAAAUGUUACAACUUUCAAAACUCAACAACGUUACAGGCGAUGUGUUGCAGAGUCAUUUAAAGAAUUUCCUCCUUCAGCACUGGAACUUGUGGAUGUCCUUCUUGCUAUUGAACCUGGAGAUCGUGGAACUGCUGCUUCAGCCCUGAAAAGUGAGUUCUUUACAACAAAGCCAUAUGCUUGUGAUCCCUCGAGCUUGCCCAAGUAUCCACCUAGCAAAGAGAUGGAUGCCAAACGAAGAGAUGAAACUAGAAAGCAAAGGUCAGUAAGCAUCAGAGGGUAUGGAUAUGAUCCUACAAAAAAAGGACGAAGAGGAUCGAAAGCUAUGCCAGCUCCUGAAGCAAAUGCAGAGUUACCUAGUUCAUUGCAGAAAACAACGGUGCCGACGGGUACAAAAAGCACGAGUGAGAAGUUUCAUGUCAAUCAGGAAGAGACUCCUUCUGGAUUUCCAAUUGAUCCACCACAGAAACAUGUUUAUUACACUGGCGAAGCAAGCAUAGAAUCACGGGGGCGCCAUGGAUAUAAAGUUUCUCAUUCUGGUCCGCUGAUCCACCCUUCUGCAUGGGCAGAGAGGCAUACGAAUGAGGGCAGUACUUCAAAGGGUUCAUUAUCUCGUGAUUCAUCUUCAUUGUCAAGUUUUGUGGCUACUGGAAGAAGUGCCGUUCAUGAUAAUUACAGAGAUGCAGGCAAUGUGCAGGGUGCACCGAGUAGAGCGUCACAUUACACAGCAGAUCAAGCUCAAUUACAUUUUCCAGGGCGAAUGAGCACUCAUCAGAUGAAAGAUGCGAAAACAAGGCAGGAGCAAACUUUGGUUCAUUCCCGUGGGCAAAAGGGAAGCAAGAUUCUUUACUCUGGUCCUCUCAUUCAAUCUGAGAACAUUGAUCAGAUGCUCCAAGACCACGAGCGACACAUCCAGGAGGCUGUGCGCCAAUCACGUCUUGACAAGGCGAGAAAGAAAAGAGUCACGGCUGCUUACGACCAGGGAUGAUUGAGAUCCCCUCCGUGCGACGUCAUCAGCACUGUCAUCAGCCCACAGGACACAGGCAUGUAGCUUCUUGUACAGCUAAAUGUAGUGUUUGGCUAAGCGGGAGAAGUCGAAGAAAAUUGUGCAGCGUCAGCUUCUUUAAAUGGCGAUUCCCAUUGCCAGUUGCCAGAAGCUUGAGGAAAUCAGGUUUUACAAUGAGAGAGAGAGCACCACUGUAUCUUUAAUCUAAUGGCUAGUCGCAAGUUCGAGGUGUCAAUAGUGGAAGAAAUGCGCUUGGCAUUGUUGUGGUGUUGAAGGAGGGAUUUGGAGCUGAUUUCUGUUCUACCUUCCAACUGCUGAACAGGGAAUGCACCGGUUUCGACCAAUUUUACUUUCCUGAGGAGUUUCUGGGGCUGAUCGUCAUGAAAGAUCUUUUAAUUAAAUUAUGUGGAAGAAAGAACCAAUAAUAACACUUGCAUGUACCAUUAAGUAUAGAGACAGUGGAAGGUAAUCUUAUAAACUUGCACUGCCUCUUUAAAAAAAAAAUGUACUAUUAGUCUAUUUCCCUUGGGUAUGUUGGAUCUACUUGUUCCCUUUUAGAAGUGCAGAGCUGUCUAUGUUCAUCUUC